AGGGGCGUCUGAUAUGCGGGAUCUAGGUUGCGUCUGGGUCGCGGCCAGAGAGUCCCACAUGGAUGUACGGGUCAGUCAUGCCAUUGUCCCCUGCAUCAGCCUUGCUGGAGGAGUUUGUAAGCACUAUGUAAAUCUGGAUGCAAUUUUACUAAAAACCCGGUCAAGUCGAUGCUUCGGAAGGCAGCGCCUAACAUUCACGGAGAGCACAAAAUGCGUUACAGGGUGAGGGGAGAAGUGGUGGGAAGUAGGAAUGUGGUGUGGGGCCUGAGGAAAGUAAGAGCAGAGGAGCAACGAUGGACGCGGUCAGAAAGUAGGCAACAGAGCCUGCGCAAGUGCAACAUACUUCGUCUCGCCCUUCUCGCCUACUUUCAGCACAUACACUCUGAGGUUUCUCGCGCCAGACAGAUAUACGUUCAGUGCGGACGCGCUAUACGAUUGGACCGAACAGCGAAAGUAAGGCAAACGUGGAGAUACAAACAACUAUUUCCCUCAAUGUUGCCACUCAGUCACUGGGUUUGGCCCAUGUCGUACUCUUGGUCGAGUGCUAAGGCUUUGUGGUAUCAGUCGGAUUAAUAAAUCUUUGACCCUUGGUGCGAUUGGUAGUCACGGUUGAAUAGCAUUCGUAACUAGCAGAAGAGACAAACUAUUCCUUCUGCUGACGUGC